GGGUGGUUAGAGUUUCCCCCGGUCUCCAGUAAAGUGGAGCAGCAGAAGAUCCAGCUCUGAUCAGCAGCAGCUCCACACCUCUGUACUCAGACUGCUCUGCUGGAGGAACACCAUCAGCUCACCUGCUGCAGAAUUGAAUCCUAUACUGUUCCAAGUCUUAUUCUGAUCCCAGUGUCAACGUUCCUAACCUGAUAAGGUUUAGCUGUACAGAUACAGUCAGAAGAUUUCACCAACAAUUUUAAGAUGCUGAACGAAGAGGAGAACAUGGCAUCCAGUGAAAUCUCCAGUACUCAACAAACGCCCUCUCCUACACCUCACACACAAAUGCAGGAAAGUAAAGGCAAGAAGAAAACUCACCACUGCUCAGACUGUGGGAAGAGCUUUACUGCACAGAGUUAUCUCCAAAUACACCAACGCAUUCACACAGGAGAGAAACCGUACACGUGUUCAGAUUGUGGAAAGAGCUUUGCUACACAGAGUAAUCUCCAGCGACACCAGCGCAUUCACACAGGAGAGAAGCCGUAUCAGUGUUCAGACUGUGGAAUGGGUUUUAAAAUUCAAAGUCAUCUCAAAGAACACCAGCGCAUUCACACUGGAGAAAAACCGUAUCACUGUUCAGAGUGUGGGAAAAGUUUUACUCAACAGAAUAUGCUUACAAGACACCAGCGCAUUCACACUGGAGAGAAACCCUAUUACUGCUCAGACUGUGGGAAGAGUUUUAAUCGUCAGAGUCAUCUCCAAUUACACCAGCUCGUUCACACUGGACAUAAACCGUAUCACUGCUCAGAAUGUGCAAAGAGCUUUACUUGUCAGAGUCAUCUCCAGCGACAUCUGCGCAUUCACACUGGAGAGAAACCGUAUCAGUGCUCAGAGUGUGGGAUAAGUUUUAAAAUUCAGAGUCAUCUCAAAGAACACCAGCGCAUUCACACUGGAGAGAAACCGUAUCACUGCUCAGACUGUGGGAAAAGUUUUACUCAACAGAGUAUCCUUACACAACACCAGCGCAUUCACACUGGAGAGAAACCAUAUUACUGCUCAGACUGUUCAGUGAGCUUCAGGCAUUUACCAACACUCAAGAAACACAAGUGCAUAAAGACCAGUCUUGAAAAUGGGCAGUGACUCAUCUAAAGCCUUUCCAGAUCCUGUAUAUAUAUAUAUAUGUAUAUAUACAUGUGCCAAAUGUCAUGGUACUGGAACUAGUCAUAUUGUAACAGUCAACUUAGUGUUGUGUCUAUAAGUCAAUCUAUAGAUUUAUACCUAUAGUGGGACAUCAAUCACUAGUGAGACAUACAGAAUGAGAAUUGUGUAGGAUAGAAAAGUGAUCUGCUGUGGUACACUAUGAAGAGGAAUUAGUGCCAAAUUAAAAAGUAAACACUAGUGUGGGGAAAAAUGUAAAUGCAAUCCGCAAAAUGCAUUGUUUUUCCAUUCUCACAUGAAGAAUAAGCGCCAAAAUGAAAUGCAAAACCAUUAUUACAUUACAUUUCAGUGCACUUGAUCUCUUUAUUGAAAAACAAUACAUACCAAUUAGCAUUUUCCAAACCAAAAGCUGAAUCAGUGCCAGAAUUAAAUAAAAUGCACCUUGAAAUGUAAUCAAGGCACAGCUGUAUUACUUUUCACCAUAAGGUCCUUUAAACAUGAACUCCUCCUUUAAAUGUAAUAUUUAAAAGCGGAUAUGCGGAAAACAUGCCACAAUGAAAAGUAAUAGCUCCAGUACACUGCUUAAAUGUCACCCAAUCUCUGAACAGAAUAACAGUGUGUGGAUUUGUAUUUAAAGAAAAAAAUGCUUAAUUUGUGUCAGAGUGCAUUGUAUUCCACUGUGUGACGCUGCGAACGUGCAAAUCAAAUCAUAAUGCACAUCGAUUGCAUUCCGUCUAGGAGCAGCAAAAAUGUUAUGCAAUCACUGUCCAGUCAGAGUGCUUACCCGAAAUUGGGGCGGAGCUAAGACACUAGUCAGAAGCAAUUGCUCGUAGCUAUACAUUAGGUCGAAGAAAUGUCUUUCCGUGACAGGAUAAAAGAGGAAAUUAAACACUCAAAUGCAACAAAUUAGUGAUGGGAAUUCUGGCUCUUUCAGCUCCCAAGUGGCUCCUUAGAUUUUUUGGUUGCUUAAUUCAAUUUAUUACCAAAUGAAUUACUAGAGUACAAACAUACAUUAUUUGAAAUAUGUAUUAUUUAUAUGGCUUUAUUUAUACAAAAAUGAAACAAACAGCACUGAACAACAUCAACAAAGUGUCACUCAACUAAAUAAAAAAUAAAUGUGCAAAUCAAAAAGAAACCAAGCAUCCGGAUGAUGUUUUUCGCAAACUUUAGAAAAGACUGACACUAAAAAAAAACCAAGGAGCUCAUCUUUGAGGAGUUGAUUCUGUUUCUGUUAUGAUUUUCCCUGUCUUGGAAGAGGGGACAGAUGUUUCUACAAUACACAGUUUAUGUGACAUCACGUGAAAGAUAUAGGUAGAUUGAGCACUCCCCUUUAAUAUUAAAUGCUCCUUUUCUCAGUCAGAAUGUGAAUCUGUAUCACAUCUUUUUGUUUUAAUGUUCCAUUUUAUCUAAAUUCUUCUUUCUUUUUGCAGAAAACUAACAUCUCUAUGAAUGUUUUUUUCCCAUACACUGACCUUGAUUUAGAGUAUAUUAUUAAUAUUAUGAUUUUAUUGAGUAAAUACUACAUUCACUGUUGUAAAUACUUGACUUCAAUACCAAAAUUUGAUAUCUUCUUACUGGACUUUACUUCACUUUUGAAAUCCUUUAUAAUAAGAAAUGCCUAAAAUGCCUCUUGUUAAUAUUUCUCUAUUUUUAUAUAUUUUUUCUUCUUCAUUAAUGUAUAUUUUUAUGCUGUCUUCUUCUAUUGUGGUUUAUAUGUAUCAUCUUGAAACUUUAAAUAAAAGUUUGACAGCAUGAAAA